GUGAUUUCACAAAUAAGAUGCAUGUCGGUGUCCGAGAAUACAACUCAGUUGUAUUUCUCCCAAUCGUCACCGUAGCUAAAACGAACAUAUUAUUACCAAAAUAUAGCGUGUCUGAGACUUGGCAAGGCCAUUUAAUUGCUUUCGAACACAUUCCAUCACCAUUAAAUAUAUCUUAAACUUCCCUAGCAGACGGAAAAUGCGCUGUCCCCGACUCCGCUUUUCUUUACUUUUUCGUUAUUAUCGCUCGUACAUUAUUGAACCUGGUCAAAACACCAAUAUUUUUCGUUCAUUAACUCUAUGAUGCAUCGCAUUACUACUAUAUCGAGGUCCCAAAUCACCAAAUACACGAAAAACGAACACUUUAAAAAGUGUCACCAGGUUUGUCAGAAUUCGGAUAACCGUUUCAGUUAUCUCAUAUUUCUCAUAAGAUACAGCGUGCAGCAUGCCGUGAGCCCUCACCGACGUCCAGAAAAGUAGUGGGAAUCUGGCGGCCAGGUGGUUACAAGGUAAUUAUAAUUUUCUUCGUUGUAAAGUCAGUUAAACUAACCCUACUUGCGUGCGUGAUAAAACUACAACCGAUGUGCUUAUCUUGAAAUACUUUCAUGUCAGUAAGUAGUUGGUCGUGAAAUAUGUGUCGGAGAAGUACCGGUCGGGUUUCUUAGCUGUUUGGAGUGUAAAUCCGUUAUACAAAACAAUAUUUCUUUAGAUAUUUGAGUUAAUCAUCGCUUGGUCCCCACUCACUCUCCCCUUUUGUCACUUGUACUCACACUUUUAGUUCUUUUUUUCGCAAUUUUGACUAAUUUACAUUUUGUUUAGGUUAUGUGACGCCUAGCCGACCUGACCUACGACAACCCAGCUGCAGCCAUGCCUACUGACAAGUAAGAUAUGCUAUUUUGAUACAAAAUAACAUUAAAAGAUGCUGUCAUAGUGGUGUGUUUUCAGACAUAUUAUUCUACAUUAUUGUUGCAGGUCAAAUGUUCCAGUGAGACGCUCCACUAGACAAAGAAAAGUUAAAUCUGAGCCUGACUUUUUGUAUGGCAAAGAUGCUCAAAGGAAAAAAAGGAUUAAAACCACAUCUCAAAAUCAAUCCACUGCCACUUCCAGUAAUGUUAAUAAUCGUCAAGGUUUAAGAAGUACUAGUGCGAGGAGGCAAAACUCUGUAUCAAAGAAUAUAUCUAGUCAUAAUAGUAGUGAUACUCCAAAAAGGAAUUCUGAAAAGAAAACAACGGAAUCAAGACAAAAGAAGCAAGGCAGAAUUGUCAAGCACCGUCAUACCUCCAAACUAUAUAGAGACUUACAAAAAGCCAAACAGGAAUUGCACGAAGAAAAAAGGAGGGCUGAAAGAUUUAAAAGAAGAUUCCUUAGACUAAAACAGAAAAUGGAUGAUGAAAUAGACACAAAGAAGAAAGUCAAAGAAAUCAUAGGGAAAAGAAAUGUUCCGAAAGACAUCACUAAUUUUGUAGAAGUAAGUGUUGCAUUACAAGAGGAUUUGACCAAUUCAUUUCAAUCUUUGAAAAGUAGAAAGGAGAAAGGAAAGCUUAUAAAUUGUUUACAAUUUGAAAACUUACAAAGUGUAAAAGGACUGAGCAAGGGGACCCAGUUUUUACCCCGAGGUGCACGGCGCAAGGUACAAACCAAAGCCAAACCUAAUGCUGCUCAUCGUGUAAAUCAAGCAAAAGUCCAUGAGUACUGGUUGAGUGACUUAGCUAGCACUGAAUGCCCUGGAAAAAAGCAAACUAUGACUAUAAAAAAAAAGAAACAUCAACUGAGAUACAUGAAUGCAUCCAGGAAGAGACUUUUCAAGAUGUUUAAAAAUAAUAAUCAAGACUCAACUGUGAAAUAUGGUAUCUUUUGUAAAUACAAGCCUGCUUGGAUUGUCCGCCCCAAAGUAUCAGAGAGGGACACUUGUUUGUGCACUAGCUGUGAAAAUAUCAAAUUGAAGAUUGCUGCGCUGCAUAAGCAUGAGAUAAUAAAUGAGAAUGACGCUGACAAAGCAUUGGAUUCAAUUUGUUGUGAAUCUGGUAAGGUGGAGUGUUUGCUGCGACUUUGUUCUCAGUGUGUUGACAAGAAGUUAAAAGUAAAUGAGUUUGAGCAAAAUAAAUUCAUUGACUAUGAGGUAUGGAUGAGCAUUCAAGAGAAUCGAACCAAUGCUAAGACCAAAAAUGAUUUUACAGUUAAAAGAACUGUUUUGCAAACUGUCACUACUUCUCUACAAAAUCUUGUGAAUGCAGUAACUACAGAUAUUGAAGAGCAUGCCAAACAUAUUGGGAGGCACUACCAUCAAUAUCAAGCUGUAAAGAAGAAACUGGAUAACCUUUCGAAUGAGGUCCUUGUACUGAAAAUUGACUAUUCAGAGAAUUAUGCAUGCAAAUAUUCAAAAGAAGUGCAAGGGGUACAUUUUGGAGCUUCUCGCAACCAAGUCACGAUUCACACAGGAGUGAAAUAUACUAAAGAUUGCAAGCAGGCUUUUGCAACGGUAUCUCCUGAUCUAGCUCAUGAUGCCACCGCAACCAUGGUCCACCUCCAACCAAUUCUCAAAGCAGCUUUAAAAGAAAACCCAGCUGUGAAAGAAUUAGUAAUUUGCAGUGAUUCUCCUAGCACUCAGUACAGGAACAAGACAAUUUUUGGACUGAUCAUUCAACACUUUGGUGUUGAAUAUCCACAAUUGCAGCGGUUUUCAUGGAAUUAUUCUGAGUCUGGCCAUGGUAAAGGCCCUGCCGAUGGUGUUGGUGCAGUUUUAAAGCGCACUGCUGAUAGCCUUGUGAUGUCAAACAGUAAUAUUGAUACAUUUGAUAAACUUGUCACAGAACUUCUGAAUGAAGAAAAUAUUCAACAUGUUAAUAUAAUUCCCAUCUCUGCAAAUGCUAUCAAUAAUUUUAAAAAAUCAUACACAGGUCAAGAUAUUCAAUUUCAAGGAACAUUGAAAGUCCAUCAGGUCACUUGGGAUAGAUCCAAGGGAGAUCUUUUGUCCUUCAGAGAACUGUCUUGCUUUGAGUGUGAUUAUGGCUCAGACUGUCGUCACUAUCAUCUUGGCUCCAAGAAAUUUAUUGCAAAGGAAAUUCUGAGCAACAAUGGUGUUGCAGGUAAAAAGCAGGCCAAUCAAACAUCAUCAAGAGGCCGAAGUGCAACAAAAACAACUGUAAGCAAGAGCAGUGAAAAAGCACCAACUAAUUGUCUAAAAACUAUGAAAACUUUCAGAUCGGCUGACAGUCGUGUUUGUGAGGGUAUGGGUAUUGCAUACGACUCUCAUACCUAA